AAUAGAGUUUGUAAGAUUAUUUUAUAUGUAUUUAGAUCACCAUGCACUCCUUUUGAUUGUUUUAUCGAUGCGAUAAAUAACACCGUAACGGGACACUUGCAUCUGGCGAGGCAGGACUCGAUUUCAGCCUUGGCUCUACGUCUAAUGAGUAUAGUCGCUCGUAUAAAUUGUGGACCAUAUGUAGAUCUUUAUGGCUAUGUUAGGUCAGCAUUGCAGAUCGGAACUCUUUGGAGAAGGAACCUCGUGAUGCCCAUUGAGGCUGAAAAUGUUGUCUCAGCGCACAUGGCAAUAGCAUUUAAACCACCCCUUCCCCAGAUUUAGAUGGAAAUAUUGUAUGAGCAAUCUAUCAACCAUCUAUCAGCCCCGUCUAGCCAUUUCCCCUAGCAAUAAAGCUGACUACCUCACUCCUGAAUCAUGAAAUUCCUCGCUUUCACGUUCGUUCUCUUAACCUCGAGCUGUGGUGUCCAAUCCGCCGGCACCAGCGCAUUCGAAGGCACCCCUGCAGUGAACCAGGGACCGGAAUUCGAGAACGCAGAUAGCAUUGAAGGGCAUCAAAAAUCGGUAUUGGAGGGCUUGCAUGCUGAUGCUGCCGAUGUCUGUCCGCCAGCGUGGCCGCGUCCCUGCCCGAACAGUGCAUUGUGCUGCUCGGAUGCGUAUCCGUGGUGCUGUCCUAACUUUUGCUGCCCAAACGGGUAUCCGUAUUGUGGUGGGGAUGGAAGGUGCGUAGACUAGUCCUUGAGUCUUGAUGGGUAAACCGCAGGGAGAAGCUGGGUCCUAUGACUAGGCGAUGAAGGGUGGUCGGACGAUGAGUUGAUUAGUAUUAUUUUCGCUUUUUAGUUGGUAGAAAAUAUUGAGUCUGUAUAGCUG